CACGUCGGAAGCCAUUUUGGGCUGUUUGUUCGUCUCGGGGUGUCAGUAAAGACAGCUGAGCGUGGCACUGGGGUUUCGUGAAGUGUCGCAGCAGCUAAAUACUUACCUCUAUUACUACCAACUCUAGACUAUGGGCACGCCAAGUAGUAUAGAUAGUGCUUUAGUGUUUGGGGGAAUGGAGGGCUUGAAUUGGUUUGUAAUCUUAUCUUGACAUGGCUUUUUGUUGGGUGGGUGUAGCAGAUAUAAACGAGAAGUAAAUUUGAGCCAAGUUGAGGAGUACUUAAAAUAGAGGCUUAACAAUGAUCUAGUUGAGAAUUUAGAAUACGAGAAACUUGAAGGUUAAAACCCCCAUAAAGAUGGAAUAACUGAUAGUAAGAAAUGUAUCGGAAGUUAGGUUUCAGCCCAACUGUUAAGUCUGAGAAUGUGAAAUCAGAACGAAAAAAAGAAUAGGCCAUGAUUGUGUGGAUAAGCAGUUCAGAUAAAAACACUAGAAGUACCAUUGGGCACUUGGAGAAAACGCAAGACUAUUUUAACUACCACCAUGAUUAUGUGUAGGAGGAAGUGGUUAUUGAACUUAGAAAUGGCUUCUUUGUUUUCUUCUAUUUGCUGUGGUGCCAGCCACCAUUGGCAAGUUCUUACACCAACACUGACAGCUGUUCUUGUUUGUCUCGGUAGGUUGUCCCUAAAUAAUUGGUAAGUAACUUCGUAAGUGAAGCAAAAAUCAGCCAUGUGUCAGGCUGGGGAAAGACAAUCUGUAGUGUAAGUUUUAUUUACUUUAUUAGGGUUCAUUAACAUGGAUUUGAGAACAUCUGUUUUGUUUCUUAUUUUGUAUUUUGUUGCUUGACUAGUUUUAUUUUUGUUUUUGAGCGGUGCCCACAUAUAGCCAACACGUUCAGCAAAAGUUGUAGUUUGACACUAUGAACACCUUUACUUUAUCCGCUCUCCGUUCACUGAAACUGUGUCUGUGCUUUAUAGCAGUCUGUAAUAAUUUUUUUUCCCUAAUCAUCAUGACUACAGACAUGUCAGUUUUUGUGUUGUCUUACUCCAGUGUUGGUACUCUUGUGUAUAAAGAAAAGGCAGGCAUUGUUUAACUGUACCACUCUUGCAAAAGAAGUGCCCAUAGUUUAGUGUUGGUUUUUGGUACACUAGUUAAAGUACAAGUACCAUCUGUAUUGCAAAAUGGGGGACCCUUACUCCCGGAAGAAACAAACCUUGAACAGACUUCGUGCUCAACUGCGAAAAAAGAAGGAAUCAUUAGCUGAUCAGUUUGAUUUCAAGAUGUAUAUCGCCUUUGAAUUUAAGGAUAAGGAUGUUAUUGGGUGUACUCAGGAGAUGGAUUUCAUCCUUUGGCCUCGGAAUGAUAUAGAGAAAAUAGUCUGUCUCCUGUUCUCCAGGUGGAAGGGAUCUGAGGAUCAGCCCUUUAGACCUGUUCAGGCCAAGUUUGAAUUUUAUCAUGGUGACUACGAAAAACAGUUUUUGCAUGUACUGAGCCGGAAGGAUAAGACUGGAAUUGUUAUUAACAACCCCUGCCAGUCAAUUUUCCUUUUCAUCGACAGGCAGCACUUGCAGACUCCAAAAACUAAAGCCACAAUUUUAAAGUUAUGCAGCAUCUGCGUGUACUUGCCACAGGAUCAGCUCACCCACUGGGGGGUUGGAACUGUAGAGGAUCACCUCCGUCCCUACAUGCCAGAAUAGUGCAUUGACCAGCAAAAAACAGAGAAGAUCAGAACAGAUGAUGGCAGUGAACUCUCAUUUUCCUCAUUAGUUCUUCCUAGAAUUAGAAGAAAAUGGUCUCCUCUUCAGAACACUUGUACACAUGAAAACUUCAUUCUGGAAUUUUUUUGGUUUUAGUCAUCUGCAUUUCAGAACAUUUGUUUCCAUUGUCUUUUUUUUUUUGUUCUUUUUACAAAGUUGCCUACAUGGACCUUGAGAGUAAAAUGGUGCCUGAUUGCAUUGCAUCAGCACUUUAUUAAAGGAAAGUGAAAUGAAGGAACUGUUACAUGUUGAAAUAGUUAAGCGGAAAAAAUUAUCUUUCUGGUGGUCUUCUCAUUUGUGCUGGUCAAGUGCAUGACAUAUUGUCAGUAUUUACAAAGGGUGAGGUAGAAAUAUAACCUAGGCAUUUGCCAUCUAAUAGCCUUGUGAUUCAAGUGUGAUUAAAUGAAAGAAAAAAAUCUGUAUAUUUAACCAACACUGAUCUUGCAGAACACGUAAGGUGUUCUAACUGGCUGAAAAGGUUAAAGUGGAAAGAAAUAUGCCAGUAAAGGCAUCUCUUGUUAAAUGUAGGCAUGUUGCCUCAUUUGCUGGGCCAUGAUUCUGUUUGCUGGCACUUUUCAUUUUCCCUAGAUUGCUGUGUAACUGUAUAAAAAGAAUGUUUUCCAUUCACUGGACACUUUAUACGGGUUAUAACAUGAAGCAGACUCUGCAUAUGGCAGAUCUGGAGUCUGGAAUAGCAGAGCAGCUAAGAUUGUAAUAUAAAUUUAAUUUGUGCUAUAUCAGAGCUGCUGACUGUCAGGGGAAAUGUCUGCAAUAUGAGGUAAGCGGAUUAUAUUACUGCUGGCAAGUUGUGCAGAGCAUACUGAUUUCUAAUACAGUACAGAAGUAUUUGUCUGGAAAAACCCAUUGGGUUUCUUUAACUUUAUUUUUUUGUCUUAAAAUGCAAAAAAAAAAUAUAUCAAGCAGUUGUCAGCUGUUAAAAUAACUUUUUGGAGUGUCUAGAAGGGUUACAAUAAGUAAUUUUAUUUGAUUUGAAAUUGUGCAAUGAACACACGGAAGACUACUGUGAGCCUUUGAAGAGAGCUCUGAAAAAAAUUAAGCGCAUUAUGUGUUUUAUUUCAGAUAUUUACAUAAGCCUUCCCUUUUGAGUAAAAACAGUGCUAAUCAGUUGCUUAUUUGUACUUGCCUUCUGUUCAGAAUUGGGACUAUAUUGGAAAUUACAAUAAAUUAACAGACUGAUUAAUUUCAUCA